AUGAUACUUGUAGCAUCCGCGAUAUUUAUGGUAUCAGAUCACCCGGGACAAGUCGAAUUGGUUUACCCCAAGAACUACAAUCCUGGUAACGUGUACCCCGGCUACCAGACCCCAAGCAUCGCGUACGGCUACGGAAGCGGCUUCAGCAGCAACAUCGCCGGCAUCCGCCACUCCGUCAGCCACGGACACUCGUUCCAGAUCGGAGACGGCGAGGGGUACGGCGCGGGCUUCGCCAACAGCGACGGCGCUGCCAACGCUCAGGGCAUCGGCAUCGCUAGCACCCACGCCAACCCCGCCCGCCGCGUGUACAACAUCCAACCAGCCGCCUACCAGCCCGCGCCUGCUUACAACAGCGGAUGGAACCGCAACUACGGCUCGGCCGUGUCUUCCGCCCAGAACAUAGGCAACGCUGGCUCUGCUGUCGCCCAUUCUAACUCUGCUGGACUCGGCAAUGCUGUAGCCAGUGCCUCCAACCAUCGCGGUCUUGGCUAUGGAUCUGCCGUUUCAUCUGCCAACAGCAACAAUGGCUUCGGCUCGGCCAUCUCCUCCGCCAACAACUCCGGCUAUGGAUCUGCCGUUUCUUCUGCCCAAACUCGCGGCGCUCUCGGCGACUACAGCUCCGCCGUGUCUGCCUCUGAGAACGUCGGUGGAGUCCGCUCCAGCACUGCCCAGGCGGUCCAACAGACCGCGGGCUCCGUGCAGCACAGCGGCGCCACCAGCAUCGAUGGCCCCGGCGUCCAUGCUGCUUACUCACACGCUGUGAAUAACCCAUCCACAACCAUUGGGAAUUCAGCCAAGCAUCCUUCAAAGAAAAUAACAAAAAUGGCCGCCAAGUUUGUGAUUCUUGCAGUUGCCGUCGCGGUGUGCCACGCUGCUCCCUACUCUAUUAUUGGCAAAAACUACAAUCCUAGCAUUGUUCGUAACCCUCUACUGUACCAGCCCGCUGCCAGCCAGGCGUACAGCAGCGCCAUCGCCAACGGCGGAGCUCAGCUCGGCAAGGGCAUCGCCUACAACGGCCUGGUCCCAAGCUACGGAUCGGCUGUAUCAUCCGCCCAGAACUUCGGCAACGUCGGCUCUGCUAUUGCUCAGUCUAACUCUGCUGGACUCGGUUCUGCUGGAGCCAGCGCUUCAAACCUUCGCGGCCUUGGAUACGGGUCUGCUAUUUCAUCUGCCAACAGCAACAAUGGCUUCAGAUCGGCCAUCUCCUCGGCAGACAACUCCGGCUAUGGAUCGGCUUUGUCUUCUGCUCAAGCUCAGGGAGGUCUCGGUGACUACAGCUCUGCUCAGUCUGCUGCCCAGAACUUGGGUGGACUCCGCUCCAGCACCUCCCACGCCGUUCAGCAGAGCCUCGGCGCCGUGCAGCACAGUGGCGCCACCAGCAUCGACGGCCCCGGCAUCCAAGCCGCUUACUCGCAUGCCAAACAUCCAAGCAUCCUUCAAACAAAUAACAUUUUUUUCAAAAUGUUUGUCAAGUUUGUGGUUUUCGCAUUCGCCAUUACUGUAUGCCAUGCGGCUCCCUACGUAGUUAAUGCCCGGAACUACAAUCCUGGUAGUGUGUACCCCGGCUACCAGACCCCAAGCAUCGCGUACGGCUACGGAAGCGGCUUCAGCAGCAACAUCGCCGGCAUCCGCCACUCCGUCAGCCACGGACACUCGUUCCAGAUCGGAGACGGCGAGGGGUACGGCGCGGGCUUCGCCAACAGCGACGGCGCUGCCAACGCUCAGGGCAUCGGCAUCGCUAGCACCCACGCCAACCCCGCCCGCCGCGUGUACAACAUCCAACCAGCCGCCUACCAGCCCGCGCCUGCUUACAACAGCGGAUGGAACCGCAACUACGGCUCGGCCGUGUCUUCCGCCCAGAACCUAGGCAACGCUGGCUCUGCUGUCGCCCAUUCUAACUCUGCUGGACUCGGCAAUGCUGUAGCCAGUGCCUCCAACCUUCGCGGUCUUGGCUACGGAUCUGCCGUUUCAUCUGCCAACAGCAACAAUGGCUUCGGUUCAGCCAUCUCCUCCGCCAACAACUCCGGCUAUGGAUCCGCCGUGUCUUCUGCUCAAACCCGGGGUGGCCUCGGCGACUACAGCUCGGCCGUGUCCGCCUCUGAGAACGCCGGUGGAGUCCGCGCCAGCACAUCGCAGGCUGUCCAGCAGAGUGGCGGCUCCGUGCAGCACAGCGGCGCCACUAGCAUCGAUGGCCCUGGCGUCCACGCCGCUUACUCACAUGCUGUGAACAACGGCUACUACUAAGGCUAACGGGACACCAAAUAAAUUUUAGAAAUAUAAUGAUAUGGAGACGACUUGAACAAUUUGUCACCAUGUCUUUAUAAUUACAAUACCACAUAAUUUUUAUAAGUAAUAAAACUCUUGAAAUUA